CCACCGCGCAGCCGUCCUACACUCUACGCCCGCCCCAUCGACCAACCCGCGCUCCACUGUUCCUGUCUGGCAACUGCAGCAUGGCGGCGGGGGCUGCUGAGGCGCUGGCAACGGUGGUGGAGGUCGGCUCGGCCCAGCAGUUUGAGGAGCAUCUGCGCCUCAAAGCCAAGUCCCUCCUUGUGGUCCAUUUCUGGGCACCAUGGGCUCCACAGUGUGUGCAAAUGAACGAUGUAAUGGCCGAGUUAGCUAAAGAACACCCUCAAGUUUCAUUUGUGAAGUUGGAAGCUGAAGCGGUUCCUGAAAUAUCUGAAAAAUAUGAAAUUAGUUCUGUUCCCACCUUUCUGUUUUUCAAGAAUUCUCAGAAAAUCGACCGAUUAGAUGGUGCACAUGCCCCAGAGUUGACCAAAAAAGUUCAGCGACAUGCUUCUAGUGGCUCCUUCCCACCCAGUGCUAAUGAGCAUCUUAAAGAAGAUCUUAACCUUCGCCUGAAGAAGUUAAUACAUGCUGCCCCCUGCAUGUUGUUCAUGAAAGGAACUCCUCAAGAACCACGCUGUGGUUUCAGCAAGCAGAUGGUGGAAAUUCUUCACAAUCAUAAUAUUCAGUUUAGCAGUUUUGAUAUCUUCUCAGAUGAAGAAGUUCGGCAGGGGCUAAAAACCUAUUCCAAUUGGCCCACCUAUCCUCAGCUUUAUGUUUCUGGGGAGCUAAUAGGAGGACUUGAUAUAAUUAAGGAGCUAGAAGCAUCUCAAGAAUUAGAUACAAUUUGCCCCAAAGUUCCCAAAUUAGAAGAAAGGCUCAAAGUGCUGACAAAUAAAGCUUCUGUGAUGCUCUUUAUGAAAGGAAACAAACAGGAAGCAAAGUGUGGAUUUAGCAAACAAAUUCUGGAAAUAUUGAAUAGUACCGGUGUUGAAUUUGAAACAUUUGAUAUAUUGGAAAAUGAAGAAGUUCGGCAAGGAUUAAAAGUGUACUCAAACUGGCCAACGUACCCUCAGCUGUAUGUGAAAGGGGAGCUUGUAGGAGGAUUGGAUAUAGUUAAGGAACUGAAAGAAAAUGGUGAAUUGCUGCCAAUACUGAGAGGAGAAAAUUAAAAAUGUGAAACCUGGUGUACAGCUAUUGCAAGACAUUUAAUUACAGUGGAGCAGUUCAUGAUUUGGUCCUCAGAAAUGGACUAGGAAUAGAAAAAUGCUUCUGACACAGUUAUGCUUUGUGUAUUUCACAAGGUUGUGCUAAAUAAAUGUAUGUUACAUUUUUCCACCAACAAUAGAAUGCAAUAAACAUCUUAAUUCAGUUAAAAAUAA